AUGCCUGGCGAGCAGAUCCCGGUCUCUAACCCGCCGCCGCUGCCCUCGCAGCUCCCUGACAGCGUGCUCGAGUUGUCUGUGCGGCUUCAGGAGAAGCCCCUUGCCGAGAACGUCCGGCAAUCCCUGCGUGCUUUUCAACGCGCGGCCGAAUAUAUCGCCGCUGCAAUGAUAUUUCUCUCGGACAAUGUGCUGCUGGAAUCCGAGUUGCGGCUUGAACACGUCAAGCCACGGCUGCUUGGCCACUGGGGAACGUGCCCCGGCCUGAUCCUGGUCUGGGCGCACCUCAACCUCCUUAUCCGCAACCAUGACCUGGACAUGAUCUUCGUCGUGGGGCCGGGCCAUGGCGCCCCCGCCGCCCUCGCUUCCCUGUGGCUGGAGGGCUCGCUUGAGAGGUUCUACCCGCGCGAGUACGGCCGGACAGCCGAGGGCCUGAGGAACCUGAUCACGAGAUUCUCCGUGCCCGGGGGGUUUCCGAGCCACAUCAACGCCGAGACGCCCGGGGCCAUCCAUGAAGGCGGAGAGCUGGGAUACGCGCUUGCCGUGUCUUUCGGCGCCGUCAUGGACAAUCCGGAUCUCAUCGUGACUUGCGUCGUCGGAGAUGGCGAGGCCGAGACGGGGCCAACUGCCGCGGCAUGGCACGCCAUCAAAUAUCUCGACCCGCGCGAGUCUGGCGCUGUUAUCCCCAUCUUGCACGCAAACGGAUUCAAGAUCAGCGAGAGGACCAUCUUCGGCUGCAUGGACGACAAGGAGCUGGUCUGUUUGUUCAGUGGCUACGGCUACCAGGUCCUGAUUGUAGAAGACUUGGAGCACAUCGACGACAGGCUGCAGAAUGCUCUCGAGUGGGCGCUGGCCGAGAUUAAAAAGAUCCAGAAGGCCGCGCGGUCGGGGAAGCCGAUCGUCAAGCCGCGAUGGCCUAUGUUAGUGUUGCAGACGCCAAAGGGAUGGACGGGUCCGAAAGAGGUCGAAGGCAAAAUCAUUGAAGGAUCCUUCCACUCCCACCAGGUUCCCUUGCCCAAGGCCAACAGCGACGACACGCAGCUCAAGGCCCUCCAAGACUGGUUGGCGAGCUACCGGAUUAGCGAGAUCAUCAAAGACGGGAAGCCCACCGAAACGGUGCUCAGUAUACUCCCGACCAACGACGAGAAGAAGCUCGGCCAGGUCAAGGCGGCCUACGACCCGUACGUCGGCCUCAAGGCGGUCGACUGGACGGAAUUUGGCGUGGACAAGGGCACCGACCAGAGCUGCAUGAAGGUCACUGGGAAGUUCCUUGACAAGGUCUUCCAAGAGAAUCCGAACACGAUCCGUUUGUUUUCGCCCGACGAGCUGGAGAGCAACAAGCUGGACGCCGUCCUCGACCACACGCAGCGCAACUUCCAGUGGGACGAAUACUCGCGCGCCAACGGCGGCCGGGUGAUCGAGGUGCUGUCGGAGCACAACUGCCAGGGCUUCAUGCAGGGCUACACGCUGACCGGCCGCACCGCCAUCUUCCCCAGCUACGAGUCCUUCCUGGGAAUUGUGCACACCAUGAUGGUGCAGUACUCCAAGUUUGUGAAGAUCGCCCGGGAGGUGAAAUGGCGCGGCGACCUGCCGUCCAUCAACUACAUCGAGACCAGCACCUGGGCACGCCAGGAACACAACGGCUUCUCGCACCAGAACCCGUCCUUCAUCGGCGCCGUCCUGAACAUCAAGCCAGAGGCCGCCAGGGUCUACCUCCCGCCGGACGCCAACUGUUUCCUCUCCACGGUCCACCACUGCCUCAAGUCGCGCAACAAGACCAACCUCAUCAUCGGCUCCAAGCAGCCCACGGCCGUCUACCUCACCCCGGCCGAAGCGGCCGAGCACUGCCGCCAGGGCGCCUCCAUCUGGCGCUUCGCCUCCUCCCCCUCCUCCUCCAGCCCCGGCAACGACGACGCCGACGACCAGCCGGACGUCGUCCUGGCCGGCAUCGGCGUCGAGGUCACCUUCGAGGUAGUCAAGGCGGCGGAGCUGCUGCGCGCGCUGUGUCCCGCCUUGCGGGUGCGCGUGGUCAACGUGACGGACCUGAUGAUCCUGGCGGCGCCCGCGUCGGGGCACCCGCACGCGCUGAGCGAGCAAGCGUUCGAGCGGGUCUUCGCCGCCGCCGACCACUGCCCCGUGCUGUUCAACUACCACGGCUACCCGGCCGAGCUGCGGGGCCUGCUGUUCGGCCGCGCUGCGCGCCACCUGGCGCGCGUGAGCGUCGCUGGCUACGCCGAGGAGGGCAGCACCACCACGCCGUUUGAUAUGAUGCUUGUCAAUGGGGUGAGUAGGUUUGAUCUUGCGCAGCGCGCGCUCAAGGCGGGCGCGGAGGCGAAUCCGAAAGUGAGGCGCGUGCUGGAGGAGUGUCUUGCGCAGGUGAGGGAGAGGGUUGAGGAGGUGAAGAGGUUUAUCGGGGAACAUGGCAAAGAUCCGGAUGAUAUUUAUGACUUGCCUCAGUUUGUUUAA